AAGUGCCGAAAUGUUUUUGUUUUUGUUUGGAUCCCUUGGUUGGAGGGAGCAUUGAAAAUUUGAAAAUUCUGAGUCGUCUUUUGAAUUUUCAUUUUGUGUUCUUCCAAAAUGAGUGGUAAUUCGGCAAAUAAUUCGGCCGGUGAUCAUGACAUUCGUAAUCCGCUGCGCGAUAUGUUUUUGGGUAAUCCCAGAACUCGGGAUAGUGCUUCUAAUCGCCGAGCAUUAAUUUACAAAAAAGUUAUGUCCAGUGAUAAUUCGUUGACAUUUAUGCAAGACGUUCGUUCGAAAUUUGAAAAGCUAUUGACAAAAUAUUGCGUAAAGUUGGCGAAAGAACCGGUUAUAGAUGUGCUGUUUUCUAUCCUAAGUGAGAAUCAGGAACCCGUACCGGAGAAAAACGUUGGGACUGUGACAGCAAUGACUGAUCCGGCGUCGAUAUUUAAGAUUACGAAAGAUUUGAAAUUAUUGAGAAAUCUUGUGUUUCCGGUCGCGGACAUCGACAAGCUUAAUCGACAGCCUGUUGUCAAUACUGCCCAGCAAAUAUCCUGUUACCCUUUUCCAGCUAAAAUCAACAUUCGCUAUAACGACGGAAUCAGUGCAGACGAGUGUUUUUCUGAUGAACAUUCAACUAACUUUAAAGUUAUGAAAUCACUGUAUCGAUCCGGUCUACCUGCUCGAAGUGUACUUCAUUCGAACUUUAUCAAGUGUGCUGAUGAUGAUUCUAAUAAUAAAGCUCAUGAAAAUGAUACGAGAACGCAAAAUAAAGCAGAAACGGUACCUAUGGAUGUUUGUGACGCGGACGAAAGCAGUAUAUCGUCGCAUGAUUCAAGCAACUCCAGAUCGAACGACGAAUUCGUCAGUCUCAUGGAUCCAUCAAAACGAAGAAGGAAAACUCGAUCCGCAUCAUCAGAUUCGAAUGCAUCGAUUGAAUCAUUAAUCGCUGCAAUGGCUUGUCAGGACGAUAAUGUUUCGUUCAUCGAUUUCACAACGAUGACGGCUUCGAAUGAAUCAUCUGACGACCACAUGUACUUGGAUAUCAUCAUAGUGUGUCCAGACUUGGAAGUCUGCCGAUUUCUUUCAGAUACGUUUGGACUCGUUUCGUUAGACGAUAUUUUGGUAGAAUUAAUUCAUAGUAAGAAGUCGUCAGUGAAAAUACCGUAUGCCAUAAAUGAAAGCGCAGCCCCUUCCAUAAGAAUGGCUUGGAAGGAGUUGGUAGAAAUCCCGAAUAUGGGUUAUCACAAAACCCUUCGAUACACCCAAACUCGCAUUUCCGAAAGCCUUGCUUGUGGAGCACACAGUAUAGGAAUAACUUGCUCCGAAUCCGCCCGGAGUUAUACUGAAGCGAAUACCUACGCUCUGUUACAUUUUGAAGUAUUCUCGCCAGAAUUUCGAUACCAUUUCAAGAUGAGCCGUAAAGAACAAACUGAGAACAAGCUGAUAGAAAGCUGUGUAGCUCUUACUGAAAUCGUAAACUUGGCGCUUAGUUAUGAUGUUAGUAAACGAGGUAUUGUUAAGAUGAAAAAUCAAUAUUUCGAUAUGAACAUUAGUCUCCUGGCUGUAAUGCCGUUCUAUGUUUUAAGAUCGAUGUGUGAGCACGAUAUAUCUCUGAUGAUAAUCCGUCUACGAAACCGAGAAAGCAGCGUACCUGAUACAUUUUUCCAAAGUUUGAAAUCAUAAUUGGAAUUUUUAAAAAUCCGGAAUUUUUACUUGUGUUUUCUUUUUUUCAAUUCACGUUUCGUCUUCCUCGUUAGCAAGUGUUUCUAUGUUUCUAAUAAAUUAAUCAAUACAGAAUUUAAAUCUUGAACCAAGAAAUUUUUUCUGUACUAUCUUUAGGUAAAAUAUAAAAUAGAGGUACUUCGCUUGUAAUCAUAAGUAUUCGUAUCAUUGUAAAUUUUGUACUUUCCGAUGAUAACAUAUUUCGAUACA